AUGUUUUAUAAUAAAGAGAAUCAUAAUAAUAAUAAUAAGAAAAAAGAUCCAGAGAGAUUUAAGAAAAGGGACGAUACUUUUUCGACAUACAAAGAAAACAUAAAGAGUUUCAACAAUAGUCAUUUGUCAUCUUGUGAAGAGAAAAAAGAUAAUAUAAAUAAUAAAUGUAAUAUAAAUUAUUUUGUUUAUACUUCUGAAUUUGAAGAUCUAUAUAAUAAAGAUAAAGAUUUUUUAGGAGAUAUAAAUAAUACCUAUCAUAAACAAAGAAAAGAAAAUUUGUUUUAUAGAAACAAUAGUAACCUUUCUGAAAACACUGAAGAGUCUAGUAGUAAUAAUUUUGCAGCUUCUCAUAAUAUAAAUAUCGAGGAGAAAAAUUUGAAUAAGAAGAAAAAAUCAACAAAGGAUAAAAAAAAAAAUAAGGAACUUAAUAACGUAUAUAUAAAGGAUAAAAGUGAAUUGUAUAAGGCUCAUAAAUUAUAUAAUAAGAGUAAUCAACAAUAUAUAAAAGAACAGGAAAAAGAAAUACAAGAAAAGGAAGAAGUAGACCUAGACCUAGACAUAGAGGCAGAAGAAACAGAAAUAACACGACAAGUAUAUCAAAAAAAUAUAGAAUUUAAAGAAAAUAAAAAAGAACAAAAGGAACAAAAAAAAGAAGAAGAAAAAGAAAAAGAAAAAGAAACCUAUUCAAAACUAUAUAAUUUUUCAUACGAAUUAGAAAAUAACUUUUUUGAAAAAAAUAUGAAUAAUUCUCUUAACCUUACAAGAAAUAAUAUAAUGAAUUUUUGUGACUAUAAUAAAAUGAAUAAACCUUUUUCUGAAAAAGUAAAUAAAAAUUAUGUUAAAAUGAAUAUGAAUAAUGCUAGUCAUGUUAAUAGUAUGGAUAAUAUAAAUCAUGCAUAUAACAUAAAUAAGAUGAAUAAAUUUAAUAAUACGAGUAAUAUAAAUCAUAUGGAUAAUACGAAUAAUAUAAAUCAUACGAAUAAUACAAAUCAUACGAAUAAUACAAAUCAUACGAAUAAUAUAAAUCAUACGAAUAAUAUAAAUCAUAUGAACAAUAUAAAUCAUAUGAAUCAUAUGAGUGAUGUAAACCAUGUGAAUAAUAUGAGCAAUGUUAAUAACCCACAUUUUAACCACCAAUCUACACAUCUUACGAACAUGAAACAUCUGAACAAUAUGAACAGUAUGUCGAGCCUGAACAACGUGCGAAAUAAUAAUGAUUUUAUUUUUAAUGACGAAGAAAUAUUUUAUAAUUCUAAAAAAAUAAACAUGGAUAAAGGAUCCAAUGCUAAGAAGACAAAUCUUGUAUAUAAUUCAAAGAAAAGCAGUAACAUCGAAUAUGAAAAGAAUGAAAAUAUGUUAUUUAAUCAGGGCGUUAAAAAAGCUCUUGAUAUUAACGAGAAAUGUAUAAACAACAAUACUAAGAUAAAGAUAAAAAGAUUAUGUGAAAAAAUUGAAGGAUUUGAAAAAGAAAUAAAGAAUGAAAUUUUACAAAAAAAAAAUGUAGAAAAAGAAAAAAUUUAUAUAAUUAGAGAAGCUAUUAAUAAACUUGAAAAAAAUCUAAAUAAUGAAAUAAAAAAAAGAAUAGAACAUAAUAGAAAUAUUCAAAAUAUAUUUUCAUCAGAAAUUCUAAAAGUACAAGAAAAAAUAGAAAAUGUGGUACAUGACAAAGUAUAUGAAAUAGAAAAUGCUAUAAAAGUUUUAAAUGACAAAAUCAAUACUAUUAGUUCCAAUAUAGAAAAUGAAAAAGUUAAAUGUAUACAAUCUUUAGAAAAAAAAAAUAAUAAUAUAGCAAAAGAAUUUGCAACACUCCAAUCCAACUUUCAGCAAGAAAAGAUCCAUAACAAGGAAAAGGAAAAUAAUAUUUGUAAAAAGCUCGAAGAAAUUGAAAAAAAAAGCGAGGCAAAAAUAGAUACGGAGAAGAAUAUAAGGGAUAGCAAGUACCAAGAAAUCAUAUCCUACAUAGAAGAAAUAAAACGAGAGAAGAAAGGGAAAAAUGAGAACUUUCAAAAUUUUGUACUAGAAGAAAUAGCAACAAUAAAAAAUGGGUUGAUUAUGGAAUCCCAAGCAAGAGAAGCAGCAGAUGAUGAUAUUGUACAAGCUGUAAAUCAUUAUACAAAAGCGUUACAGGAUUCGUUAAGACUAAUAAAUUCUAACUAA